AUGACUACCGCCGCCAAGCUUCGCACUCUUCUAGCUAAUCAGGAUGAAAUUAUUGUUUGUCCAGGUGUAUACGAUGGCUUCACCGCACGUCUUGCACUCAAUGCAGGAUUCAAAACUUUAUACAUGACAGGUGCGGGAACAACUAUGUCCUGUCUUGGUAUCGCGGAUCUAGGAGUCGCCACCAUGAAUGAUAUGCGAGACAAUGCAUCCAUGAUAGCCAAUAUCGAUCCCACUACUCCGUUGAUUGCCGAUGCUGAUACUGGAUACGGAGGCCCCUUAAUGGUAUCUCGUACCGUCGCCUCCUACAUUUCCGCAGGUGUGGCUGCCAUGCACAUCGAAGAUCAAGUGGUCAAUAAACGCUGCGGUCACCUGCGCAACAAAGAACUUGUUCCCCUCGCCGAAUACACCUCAAGAAUCAGGGCCGCGGCUCUCAAACGCGAGGAAUUACACCGGGAUAUUGUGAUUAUCGCGCGAACCGAUGCGUUAGCCGAUCAAGGCUAUGAUGAAGCGGUCACGCGUUUACAUGCAGCAGUGGAUGCGGGUGCCGAUGUGGUAUUUUUAGAGGGCGUAAGGAAUGUAGAGGAAGCGAAGAGGGUUUGUGCCGAGUUUGGAGAAAAGGGGGUCCCAUGUUUGUAUAAUUGUGUACCAGGUGGUAUGAGUCCGAUACUGAGUGUGAAGGAGGCCACUGAGUGUGGGUAUAGAUUGAUUAUUACACCUACGUUGGCGCUCGGAGCUGUCUAUGAAAGUGUAGGAAAGGCAUAUAAAGAACUUUUGGAAGAGGGAAACACUAAGGGGAAUGGGGUGGCGGUGAGAGAUCUUUUUGAUAGUUGUGGGUUGAAGGAAGCGACAGAGUUUGAUGUUAAAGCUGGGGGAAAGCUUUAUGAAAAUGGUAUAUGA